CUCAUCUUUAAGUGGCUGUGGCUGUCCAGUUGGCGACAUAUAAUUUGACGGGUGACAGAAUGUUGUUUCAACGCGGCCCUCUCUCUCUUAUUGUCAGAUCCCCCGGGGUUAAAAUCAAAGAUUAUCAAACAUUCACCGCGAAAUCCCAUUUUCUUUUGCGAUUACAGACUAGUUCUGCGAUCACUGCACCACCGCCACCGCCAAAUUAUAGUUCUGCAAAAACCAGACGACCACAGCAUUUUACAACUACAACCCGUAAGCUCUAAUGGGAUGGUUCGGGGAGACCAUGGACUCCGUCAAGUCCAUUCAGAUCAGACAAGCUCUCUCUCAAGCCCUCACUCUCGGUUUGAUUGUCACGUCGGCAUUGAUUAUAUGGAAAGGGUUAAUAUGCAUGACUGGGAGCGAAUCACCUGUGGUGGUUGUGCUCUCUGAAAGCAUGGAGCCUGGCUUUGCAAGGGGUGACAUUUUGUUCUUGCAUAUGAGCGAGGAUCCUAUUCGGGCAGGAGAAAUUGUGGUGUUUAAUGUGGAUGGACGUGACAUUCCAAUCGUUCAUAGAGUAAUUAAGGUUCAUGAGCGGAAAGAUACUGGAGAAGUUUAUGUCCUCACAAAAGGAGACAAUAACGACGAUGAUGACAGGGCCCUGUAUGCUCGGGGCCAGCAUUGGUUGCAACGACGCCAUAUCAUGGGGAGAGCUGUUGGGUUUUUGCCUUAUGUUGGAUGGGUGACAAUUAUCAUGACAGAGAGGCCUAUAAUCAAGUACAUUCUGAUAGGGGCACUGGGAUUGCUGGUCAUAACCUCGAAUGAUUAAGGAUACCAGUGUAGAGAUACACAUUUCUUUUCUGAAGCAGGGGAAGAGACGCGAGAGAGAGAGAGAGAGAGAGAGAGAGAGAGAAGCCAGUUGUAAUUUUUGUUUUUCCGUACCCCCUGCCAUAUUGUAGCAAGGCAUCAGCAUCAAUAAUUCAUCCUUAUUUUGAAGGAUAAAGAAAAUAUUAAGACUAAUGAAAGUAGAAAAGUAUUAGGCCAUUUA